CCCCCACACCCCCACACCCCCACACCCCCACACCCCCACCACCACACCCACCACCACACCCACCAUGUCCACAGACAUCUACUCGUUCUCCGGGUACAAGGCCCCCCUCGCCUUCUCUGCCCAUGCCCCUGCCCCUGGUGGCACCGCUGCUGCCGCCGGCCGGCCCUCGACCUCGUCUUCACGGCCGAUGACUUCGUCGGCAGGUUUCAAGUCGUCGCGAGGCCGGCGGACUCCCGGUGGUACAGCCGGUGGCCCCGGUGGCUCGCCCCUGGCUCUGGGUGGUGCAGAGGCUCUGGAGGAGACAAAGCCGGCGGCGCCUGAGGACCACGCCAAGAACCUCCAGAGCUCGGUCAUGGCCAUGGUCGUUGCCUCGGUUGUCGCUCGCCAGCCGGCCGAGGCCGGUGCGGGUGCGGCGAGCGGAGGCCGUGCCGAGUCGCCGGGGCAGGUGACAGGUAAGCCGCCGCGGGGAAGCGCCGGGAAAAAAAAGUCGGGCGCCAAGGCCAGCCUCGAGCUUGCCAAAAAGGCCGGCAAGAAGGAGCGCGAGCUGGCGGCAUUUCGGGCCGAGAAGAGCCUCGACGCCAACUUUGAGAUUGUGGCGACGACGUACCUCAACUUGGCGCUCUCGUUUGAGACUGCCGGCAAGGGGACCGAAGCCGAGAAGAGCUACAAGAUUGUGGCCAAGAGCAAGGACAUUGCCGCCGCCGGCCGCUUCCGCCUCAACAUGGCGCGCGUCGCCGUCCGCGAGGGCCGGACUGACGACGCGCUCAAGAACUACAAGAUGGCCCUCGACCAGAUCCCGGUCACCUCGCCGCGGCUCCGCUCGAGGGUCCUCGCCUCCAUUGCCGGCGUCUACGUCUCGGCCGGCAAGUACGCCGAAGCCAUCACCCACUACGAGGCCGCCCUCAAGGACGCCGGCGACAUGUCGGUCGGCUACAACCUCGUCCUCUGCCACUAUGCCAUGGGCUCGGCCAAGGACAUGCUAGCCGCCUUUGAGGCCAUGCUCGCCACACGCUACCUCGGCCGCUCCUCCUUUGAUGACGACGACGACGACGAGCUCCUCCCCCCGCCAGGCGGCGCCUCCUCGCGCCCGGGCUCCGGCUCGGUCCGCCCGGGCUCCGGCUCGGUCCGCCCGGGCUCCGGCUCGGGGCCGGCCGGGGCCGGGCUCGGGGCGAGCGGCGGCGUAGCCCGCGGCGGCGGCGACGACGACGACGACGGCGACGACAACGGCGGGAUGCGGGCCGACUCGCUGCGGGCAUACGAGCGUGCCGUGGAGGCGCGCCGGCACAAGAUGGUGCUCGCGGCGGCGCGGCUCAUUGCGCCGCACGUGGGCGGGGCGGGCGCGUCUGCGGCCGAAGGCUACGAGGUCGUGGUACGGGCCAUCAAGGGCUCGCGGUACGGACGGUACGCGGCUGAGGUGGAGAUCGCCAAAGCCAUGCACUACAUCAAGGCGCGCGAGUUUGAGACGGCCAUUGCCACGCUCAAGGCCUUUGAGAAGCGGUCGCAGAGCGGCGUGGCCGGCGCGGCGGCGACCAACGUCUCUGCGCUCUACUUUUUGGAGCGCGAGUACGCGGCGGCGGACAAGCACGCGUCGCGGGCACUCGAGGCGGACCACUACAAUGCCAAGGCGCUGGUGAACAAGGGUAACUGCCUCUACGUCCGCAAAGAGUUUGAAAAGGCACGUGAGCUGUACAUCGAGGCGCUCAACGUCGAGGCCGACUGCACCGAGGCGCUGUACAACCUCGGGCUGGUCAACACGAAGCUCGGCAUGCUCGACUCGGCCCUGCACGCCUUUGAGAAGCUCAACGCCAUCCUGCCCAACACGCCCGAGGUCCUCUACAACAUCGCCAACAUCUACGAGAUGCAGGACGCGCACGACGCCGCCCUCGAGUUCUACUCGGCCCUGCUCUCGGUCCGCCCGCACGACGCCAUCAUCCUCGCCCGCCUCGGCGCCCUCCACGACCGCCUCGGCCAGCUCCAGCUGGCGUACAACUACUACCAGCAGUCGUACGCCCUCUUCCCGGCCUGCCUCGACACCCUCGCCUGGCUCGGCGCCCACGCCCUGUGGCUCGCCUCGUGCCACCGCCGCGCUGGCGGCUACCAGCAGGCCCUCGGCAUCUACAAGGACAUCCACGAACGCUUCCCCAACGAUGUCGAGACCCUGCAGUACCUCGAGCGCAUCUGCAAAGAGAUGUCGCUCCACCAGGACGCCGCACACUACGCCCAGCUCCUCGCCCGCCUCACCGCUGGUCGCGCCCGACCCGACAUGCCUGCCGACGACGCCCGCCGCACCGGCCGUGGCCGCGGCGCGCAGCAGUACGUCCCCGAAGGCGGCUUUGCCUCGGCCGGCGCAGAGUUUGACCCCAACUCGGUCCGCGUCGACGUCGCAGACGACGGCGACUCACGCCGCCGUGACGUCCGUCCCAACGACGACGACGACUGGGUUGACGACGAUGACCACCUCGACGAGCUCCUCCCACAGUACGAACUGUCCCGGUACUGUGUCCGCCCUGUCAACGCCCGCGCAGACCUCUCCCACGGCCGGCAUCCCGUCCACAACUCGGCCCUCUUCUGGCGCAUCUCGUCCAAGAGCAAGCUGCUCUUCGAGGGCUGGCUCGACCACAGCGACGCGCUGGUGCUGGCAGAGCUUGUCGGCCGCGGCUGGCUCGUCAAGCCCAUCGUCGUCAAGAACGCGAGCCGGGAGCUACGAUCGGGAGAGCAGGCAGCGGCAGAAGCGGGCGCGGGCGCAGAAGGUGAUGAGGAGACGGACGAGGCGGCCGAGGCGCUGGUGGUGCAGCGGCGGGAGGCGACCAAGAACGCGUAUGUGGAGAUGGUGUCGGCCGAGUACGCGCCGCUGCAUCCGAUGCAGGUCGCCGUGAUGUGCAAGGUGCCGGCCGAGGUGCGGACCGAGGUGAGCGCGGCGAUCAGGGACGGGCUGAAGCACGAGGCGGAUCUUGUGGAGCUGCCGGGCGAGGACGAGGCGCAGUGGCUCAACUACACACCGGCGCACACCACGGCGGCCAGCAUCCGCGACCGCAACCGCGCCCUGUACAUGCCCGAGUACAACUUGAUGCGCGCCGGGCUGACCGCCGCCGUCGCCUCGCGGCAGAGCCACAACAUCGAGCGGAACUUGCUGCGGACAAAGGCCCAGCGGGCGUACAACGCCAAGCGGCGGGCCAAGGACAAGGCUGCCGCAGGCGGCUUUGACACCGUCGCCGACAACUUUGCGCCCGGCAUGAGCGCCGGUGUCCUCAACGCGCUCCUCUACUCGGACAAAGUCUCGCAGAAGCACAUCGCGGUCAUGAUCAACUCCAACGGUCUCGUCGACGACUGGGACGCGACUGAGCGGAAGCGGAAGCGGAAGCGGAAGCGGAAGCGGAAGCGGAAGCGGCGUGGCGACGGCGACGGCGACGGCGACGGCGACGGCGACGGCGAUGGCGAUGGCAAUGACGAGGGCGGGGCGGGCAACAAGCGGCGGAAGAGGUCGGCGUUUGAGGACGCUGUGGCGCGCGAGCGGGCGCGUGACGCCGCCAUCGUCUCGUCAAGCAAGUGGCAGGCGCUGGUGGCCGAGGCGCAGCGGGAGGUGGCCGAUCCGCGGGUGCUGGCACCGGCGCGCGACGCGCUCGUCGCCAUGUGGGGCCGCAAGUGCCACAAGGGCGUCCGCGAGCUCGUCAAGUCGUGGGGCGGCUCGCUGGCGGUCAAGCUCGACGUGCGGUACGAGGCGACGGGCCGGGUGAUGGCGCUCGGCAGCGUGCAGAACGGGCGGCAUCCGGCAUUUCCCGAGAUGAUCCGCUUCCGCAUCGUCACCUCGUACACCCACAGGCUCUUCAGCCACUUUGUGGGCUGGCUCUGGCGCCACGAGGCCCGCAAGGUCGCUGGCCUCAUCGCCGCCGAGGCCGGCGUCUACAUUGCGCCCGAGAUCCCGCGCCCGCUGAGCUCUGCCGAGUCGGCCGACCCGCGGGCCCUGCUCGACCGCAUCAUUGCCGAGCGGGCCAUGGAUCCGGCGUCGAUGCCGCACCUGGCGUUCAGCCACCCGCCGCCUGCUCUGGCUGGCCGCCGGCCGCGGGCCCGCCCGGCGGCGCUCGGCCCGUGGGACGUGUGGGCCUUCCGCUUUGUCCGCACCCGCGACUGGGUCCUCCCACGAGUCGUCGAUCCGCCGGCGUACCCGCGGCUGAGCCGGGCCGAGGUCCUCGCUAACCAGGUCGGCCUUGAUCCGAGCCUCCGUGUCGACGGCCGCCGCCUCCACGCGCCCAUCCACGUCAUGCACGGGCGGCACCCGACCGAUGAGCGGCUCUUCUUCUACCGCUUCACCACCACCGAGAAGACGAUCAAGGGCAGCUACGGCGGGUUCUUCUACCCGGAUGAGGUCCCGCUCGCCGCCAUGUCGGUCAUGGCCGCCUCCGAUUGGCUCUCCUACGACGUCAUGAACCCGGCCAUGCGCGCCCUGCGCUACUCCGCCGAGGGCCCGGCCGACGUCCGUGGCGUCGUCAGUCUCUCGGAUGCGUCGGCUGCCGAGGCUGCUGCCGCCGUCCGCAUCCCCAACGGCGCGAGCGCCAAGCAGCCCAUGGUGACGCCCGUCGUCGAUCGCUUCCGUGGCCGCCACCCGGACGCCUCCAUCGGCGAGCUCUUCUGGUUCAUCGUCUUCCACCCGGCGGUCAAGGCGUGGAUGCUCCGGCGGGCUCUCGCGCCGCACGCGGCACAGCCGGUCAUCGAGGGCUGGAUGACGGUUGUCGAGGCCCGCGGCGUGGCCCAUCGCCUGGCUGUCAUGAUCGACCUCGUCGCCCAGGGCUGCGUGGUGCACAACCAGGUGUGGCGCUUCCCCGAGCCGCUCCGCUCGCAGCUCUCGGCCCGCCGCCGUGCCCAGCGCGCCGAGCGGACUGUUGCCCGCGAAGCGCUCCACGACCACCUCCGCGGCAUCGAGUUUGCCAAAAAGCACCGUGCCACCGCCGCGUCGCUCGCCAACAGCCUCACCUACGAUCGCUUCGGCCUCCGGGUGUACAACCACAAGCCGUCGGUCGGCGCCCCGGUGGUGCCGGUCACCGCCAUGCUCCGCACCACCAACAAGAGCAAUCAGGGGAAGAGGCGAUGGCGGUGGAGCGGGAAGCUGGCGAGCUCGGCCACGGGCUCUGGCGGUCUGCAAUGGGUCGAGCGCGAUGCUGAGGAUGACGAGGGCUCGGGCUCGGGCUCGGGCUCGGGCUCGGGCUCGGGCGAGGAGGAGGUACCCGGUGACGUGCAGGCCUUUGUGGAGUGUGUCCAGGAGCAUGUGGCAGAGUACACGCCGUGGUUGGCAGGCCGUGGAGGCCCCGAUGUCAUCCCCAUGUACGAGGGCGGUGGAGGGCAGGAGCUCCUCACGUCGGACAACUACGUCUCGCUCGAUGGGCUGUGGGAGGAGCUCGGGCUGGAGGACGACGUCCUGCCGGCAGCCAGGCGCAAGUGCAAGGGCGCCGACGGAUCGUACUACGUCCUCCCGCUCUACAUCGAGCCAUCGCUCUGCGUCUACUCGACCGAGGUCUUUGACGACCUCGCUCUCGUCCCCCCGACCACCUACGACGAGCUGCUCCAGCUCUGCGCCGUCGUCACCGCCUCGGGCCGCGCCUGUCUGGCCGGCGACUCGGUCCGGGUUGCGGCGUCAACCUACUUUGACGAGCUCGUCAUCAAGAUGCACGGCAACGAGGUGUACAAGUCCUUUGUGGCCGGCGGCAUCUCCUUUGUCGACGAGCGCAUCGUUGCGUCGUUUCACGCGCUCCGCGAGCUGGUGGUCUCGGGCGCCAAGGCGCCCGAUCCGGCCACCAACUACACCCGGCCGUACUACCCGCACCACGUAGCCUCGGGCGCUGCCGCCAUCUACUGCGGCUUCUCCAUGUUCGGCACCGACUUUCCGGACGCGCCGCUCGAUGUCUUUGCCUUUCCGCCGUACGGCACGCGCGGCGCCGAGCCGGCCGAAGCGGGAGCGGUGGCGACGGCCGGCGACGGCGUCUCGACCAACGCGCUCAUCUCUAUGUUCAACACGCUGGCGGUGCCGAAGCGGGCGCUGCGUGUCCUCAACGCGCUCGAGUACGUCUCCUUUGCGCUCAACGCGUCCCAUCUCGCCGCCGCCGUCCCGCUCUCGCCGUCGGGCCUCCCUGCGCGGACCUCGCUGUUCAACGUGUCAACGGCGCGGUUCCACACGCUGGCGGCGGCGGUGGUGAAGGGCGCCGACGACAUUGUGCCGCGGUCGAUGGCCGGCUUUGGCUCGCCGUCGCUAGUGGCGGCGUACCACGAGAUGAUGCUGAUGCUCGACAGGGCGCGGAGCGGCGAGGCGGUCGACGAGCUGCUCGCGGCCCAGCUGCCGAUGCUGGAGGCCAUCCGGCAGGCCGAGGUCUACCAGCUCGUCCUCGCACCGGUGGUGGACACGCCCAGCGGGACGUACACCACGACACUGAGCGUGGGUAUCACUGUCCUCACCCCGGGCGCCACCAUCUACUACACCCUCGACGACUCGAGGCCGACGGCCGACUCGCCGACGUACACCUCGCCCAUCCUGCUCGAGUCGUCGGGCGAGGUCCAUUUGCGGGCGUACGCCGCCGCCGAGGGCCUCACAGCCUCGCCGGUCGUCCACGUUGUGUACGUCAUCAAUCUGGCGGUGGGCAGCGAGUCGAGCAGCGGCGGAGCCGUGAGCAGCAGCGGGUCGGCGGCGGCGCGGGCGGCAUCGUCGACGGUGGCGGUGGCGGUGGUGGUGCCUGUGGCGGUGGCGGUGGCAGUGGCGGCGGUGGCGGCGGCGGUGGUCAUCCAUCGGCGGCGGCAGGUAGUGUACACGCUCACCUCGGACGACGACCUCAUCAUCACCCACAACGACCUCACGCUCGGCGAGGUGGUCGGCCACGGAGCGUACGGCCGGGUCUACGCCGGGAUGUGGCGGCGGACGGCAGUGGCGGUCAAGCAGCCGCACGCUGGCGGCCUCGACUGGGACCCGGCGCGGGUGCACAAGUUCAUGGACGAGGCGGCGAUGCUGAUGCGUCUGAGGCACCCCAACGUCAUCCUCUUUAUGGGCGUCACCGUCUCGCCGCCGUCCAUCGUCACUGAGUUUAUGGCCCGCGGCUCGCUCUACAGCAUCAUCCACACGCCCGACCUCGCCAUCCCCACCUCGGCCGUCUUCCGCUGGGCACACUGCAUGGCCCAGGGCAUGCAGUACCUUGCCGCAUCGGGCGUCGUCCACGGCGAUCUCAAGUCGCUCAACGUCCUCUUUGACGCAAACUGGGUGCCCAAGGUCUCAGACUUUGGCCUCGCCUCGCUCAAGAUGGACGCCAUCCGAGACCCGCCCGUCUCCGCCGUCUCCGCCGUCUCCGCCGUCUCUCGCCCGGCGGGAGGUGCCGAGGCCGACGCCGACGCCCGGGGCAGCCCAUUGAGCUCAUCGCCUCCACGAGGGCGGUCGAUGGCUACGGUGGCGCCGGCGUCGGCGGUGAGCCGGAGCGCGAGCGGCGUCCUCUCCAACUCGCACUCGCACUCGGCGCUGCGGUUCCCGCUGGCGAUGUCGUUGCCUGCCAUGGGUGGCGAGGGCGUGAUGAGCGAGAUGUCGAUGAGCGAGGUGCCGAGCGGGAAGCCCGGGUUCGGCUCGCCAGACUCGGUGAGCAUCGAGUUGGCGCCGUUGUCGGGCACGGGCGCAUCGGUGACAACGCUGCGGACGAUGCGCUCGCAGCCGUCACUCGACGAGCUGGAGCAGUCGACGUCGACGUCGGCGACCGGUCGCGGGCCGGGCCGGCAGCCGACGCGGGGGCGGGUACAGACAGGGACUGAGUCAAGGACCGGGACGACGACGGCGACGGUGAGCGCGCUGUCUGGCGAGCGGCGGACGGCGGUGAUCGGGACGCUCCUCUGGGCAGCGCCCGAGGUCAUCCUCAGCUCCGGGCAGGAGGUCUCGUUUGCGUCGGACGCGUACGCGCUCGGGGUGACCCUCUGGGAGCUGGCGACGCGGUCCGAGGUGUAUCCGGGCGAGAACGCGGUGGCUGCGGCGCUGGCGGUGGUCUCUGGCCGGCGGCCGCCGGUGGACGCCAUCCCGCCGCCGCUCUCGCCGCUGGCGCCCAUCAUCGCGGGUCUCUGGGGUCAGCAGGCCGAGGCGCGGCUGACCAUGGACGCGGCGGUGCCGCUGCUGGCGCGGUUGUACACGCCGGCAGAGGUGGCGUACCCAUCGACGGCGGUCGGCCCGCCCAUGACCGCCCUCGUCGUCCGCGUUGCCUUGCCCGACGCCUUGCGGUGGCUCAUCAGCGAGCCACACGACGCCGAGCGCAAGCUGACCCAUCUGCAUACCCAGGCCGCGUCGGCGGCGCAGCAGCACGGCGGGAUGGUCGUCGACUGGUCGCUCGACUCGGUUGUUGUCGCCCUGGCCUCGCCAGGCGCCCUCGUCGCCUACCUCUACGCCCUCCGCGCCGUCUACGUCGUCACCGGCCCAGGCAUCAUGGCCGUUGCCUACGGCGCCCGCAACGACGAGCAGACGAGCCUGGCGACUACCCUCGGCGAGCUCGCGGCCGCCCAAUCGCCACGGGCGGCCGACGGCAGCCGUCGCGGGUGCUCGCUUCGCGGGCCUGUUGCCGGCCAGCUUGACGAGCUCUGGCGCGCGGCGCACCGGCGAAUGGCGUUCACCGCCACGCCGCAGGCGCACCCCAUCUUUGUCUCGCAGGAGGCCUUUACCAUCCUCGCCGCCGCCGCCGACCUUGAUGUGCCGACGACCUCGACGGGCACGCCAUCGUCUGCGGCUACGACGGCUCCGGCGUCGGUAGCCUCGUCGGUCGGCGAGCUCCGCGCCGGUGUGGUGAACGCGCCGGCGCCGAGCCGCGGCGGCGAUGGCACGGUGCCGACGUCGGUGACGCUGGCGAGCGCAGCGGCGGCGCUUGCGGGUGACGGUGUCGAGGGGAGGAGCCGCGGAAGCGGGCCGAUGGCAGCAACGACGGGGAGGCUGGCCAUCCCGCUGGAGCGGAGCGUGCUGGGCAACAGCGGCGGGCUGGAUGGCCACGUCUCGUGGUUCCGCUACCGCCGGCUGUUCACCCGGCCGGACCAGCCGGGCUUCUACGUCCUGCAGGCCGAGACCGGGCGCGGCCUGUUUGCAGCGCGGGGCAUGAGCUCGGCCGUACUGAGCCUACCUGGGCCUGAUCGCGACGACGACAGCGGGGGAUCGCCGCGGUCUGCGCGGUCUGGACGAUCGGUGUCGCCGAGGAGCGGCGGGAGCGGCGGGAGCGGGAGCGGCGGGCUCGUCGCCUUUCUCUCGCGGCGCGAGAUGGAGGCGGUGCUCGAGGCUGGCGGGCCGAUGGUGCUCGGCGGGUACACGCGGGUGGUGGAGAGCGAGUGGCGCGGGUGCGAGGUGGUGGCCAAGGUUCUGCUGGAGCUGCCGCGAACGCCACAGCAGCUGCUGCAGGUGGCGGUGUGCAUGGCGUCGGCGGUGAGCGUGGGCGUCGAGUGCCUAUCGAUCGUCUCGCCGCUGGCGCUCUGCCUCGAGCCGCCGCAUGUGGCGCUCAUCUACCCGCGGAUCAGCGGCGAGUCGUUGGAGGAGCUCCUCGCCGAGGCCUUUCUUGUCGGGCGGCCUCACGAUCGGUCGUCGCAGCGACGGCAGAAGCGGCUGCCGCGGGGCGGCGGAGUGAGCGGCGUCGGCGGGUUGGCCGGGCUCGACGAGCUGAGCUCGGGCUCGGGCCUCGAUCACGUGCGGGCGCUGAGCAUCGGACUGGCGCUGGCGCGUGCGCUCGCCGAGGUCCACUCGAUCACGGGCGGCGGGCACGGCUCGCUCAAGCCAUCCAACGUGGUGGUGGUCCACGAGAGCGGACGGGUGGUCCUCCUCGACUAUGGGCUCAACGCCAUCAAGAGCAACCAGGGGACGAUGACGGUGGUGCCAUCGGUGGCGUACAUGGCGCCGGAGCAGCUGCGCGGAGCCGACGAGGGCCCCGAGGGCGACAUGUUCACCUUUGGCACGCUCCUCUACGAGAUGCUCAUGCGGGCACCGGCGUUUGAUGGCAGCAACGCCAUGGAGGUUGGCCGCCACAUCCUCGCCGGCAACGUCCCGGACGCGAUGGUGGCCAACUCGGACGGCGCUGUCUGUGGGCUCAUCCAGCGGUGUUGGUCGGUCGAUCCACUGGUGAGGCCCAUGGCACAGGAGGCUGCGGAUGUGCUGGCGGCGGCGAGGAUCCGGGCGCGGUGCUCAGAGGAGUAAAGGCGGUGGGUGUUAUGGG